AAGCGGGAGGACUUGGCGCUGCAGCCUCCGAGCCUCUACCUCAGCGGCGGGAGCACCUGGCUGGCCGAUCCACCUUCUCCCCUACACAGCACGCUGCCACCGCCACUGCCACCGCCACCACUACCACUGCUAUUGCCACUGCCACCACCCAGGCGCGAGCCCACGCCUGGCAACAGCCGCACCUUCGGCUCCUUCCUGCCCGAGAUCCUGCCUCCGCUGACUGCCGGGCUUGCACUCCUCAGGGCUGACGUAAACAAUGUUUUCUUCCGUGAAACCCUAUGAGAACCAAAGGUACUGGGCCCUGAAGAAGGACUGUCUAAAGAGGAAGGUGCUCUUUGAAGACCCCACGUUUCCAGCCAAUGAUGAAUCCCUAUAUUACUCAGGUACCCGGCGGCAGGAUGUCCAGUGGAGAAGGCCUAAGGACAUCUGUGAGAACCCUCGCCUCUUUGUGGAUGGCAUCAGUUCUCAUGACUUGCACCAGGGCCAGGUGGGAAACUGCUGGUUUGUGGCUGCCUGCUCAUCUCUGGCUUCACGGGAGUCCUUGUGGCAGAAGGUCAUCCCCAACUGGAAGGAGCAGGAAUGGGAUCCUGACAACCCUACAAGCUAUACGGGCAUUUUCCAUUUCCAUUUUUGGCGCUUUGGAGAGUGGGUGGAUGUGGUCAUUGAUGACCGACUGCCUACAAUCUAUAACCAGCUCAUCUACUGCCACUCCAAUGUUAAGAACGAGUUCUGGUGUGCUCUGAUUGAGAAGGCUUAUGCCAAGUUGGUAGGCUGCUACGAAGCUCUAGAUGGAGGCAACACUGCAGAUGCCCUGGUGGAUUUCACAGGGGGCGUCACAGAGCCCAUUGACCUGACUAUCGAGGAUUAUGCCAGCGAUGAGAUAUUGCGGAACCAGCUAUUUGAGCGAGUGCUGAAGGUCCACUCUCGUGGGGGCCUCAUCAGCGCAUCUAUUAAGGCGAUGUCAGAAUCUGACAUGGAGACCCGCCUGGAUUGUGGACUGGUGAAGGGUCACGCCUACGCCAUCACAGAUGUGAGAAAGAUUCGUCUAGGCCAUGGCCUGAUGGCCUACUUCAAGUCAGAGAAGCUAGAUAUGAUACGGUUGCGAAAUCCCUGGGGAGAGAAGGAGUGGAAUGGUCCCUGGAGUGACACUUCAGAGGAAUGGCAGAAAGUAAGCAAGAGUGAGAGGGAGAAGUUGGGCGUGACCGUGAAGGAUGAUGGAGAAUUCUGGAUGACGUUCGAAGACCUCUGCCGAUAUUUCACGGACCUCAUCAAGUGUCUCAUCGUCAAUACGUCUUACCUGAGCAUCCACAAGACCUGGGAGGAGGCGAAGAUCAAAGGGGAGUGGAAGUGGCAUGAGAAUCCCCUAAAGAACCGCAGUGGGGGCUGUAUCAACCACAAGGAGACCUUCUUCCAGAACCCCCAGUAUGUGUUCAAUGUGAAGAAACCAGGGGACGAGGUGCUUAUCUGUCUGCAGCAGAAGACAAAGCGGACCACCCGAAGGCAGGGCAAAGCCGAGAACCUGGCCAUUGGCUUUGACAUCUACAAGGUGGAGUCAAACCGCAAGUACCGCAUGCAUACUGUACAGGAGAAGACAGCUGGGUCCAUCUAUAUCAAUUCACGCAGUGUCUUCCUGAGGACUGAACAGAAAGAGGGCCGGUAUGUCAUCAUCCCCACCACCUUUGAGCCAGGCCAGACAUGCGAAUUCCUCCUCAGGAUCUUCACAGAUGUGCGUGCCUCCUGCCAGGAACUGCACCUGGAUCAGCCCCGACACUGGUGGUGGAAUAGAAUAUUCGGUUACCCUCAGGUUGUGUCCCAGGUUCAUGUCAUCAAAGCUGAGGGGCUGAGAGAUGCCCCCUCAGAAGGGACUGAUUCUUAUGUGAUCAUCAAAUGUGAAGGAGAGACAGUCCGAUCGGAUGUAUAUAAGCGUAAUGGCACCCCAGAGUAUAAUGUGAAAGGCAUCUUCUACCGUAAGAAGCCAGAACAGCCCAUCAUAGUCCAGAUUUGGAACCAUAAAUGCUUGUUUGAUCAGUUUCUGGGGCAGGUGGCCCUGAAGGGAGAUCCAGAUGACCUGCAGACAUCACAUGCCCUGCACCUACAAGACAGGGGCAACGGGAAUUCCAAUGACCUUCCUGGCACCAUCUCCCUCCAGGUCUUCAGCAGUGGCAAUCUUACCCACAUCUAGGGCUUCCCCUCAGCCCUGGAGAACCCAUGGUCUGUGGGGUGCACGGCUGGACCUGCUCCCAUAUGGCUCCAGCCUUCUCUUGGAGUUCUUGACAUACACAGUGAGAUUUCUUGAUUUCCCAAGGACAGAUUCACCAUAUAGAAGAAACAUGCAUGUAUCUCCUGGAAUACAGAGUCUGAUAGUACCAGAGGCCUUCUGGGACCUUCAGCAUCUCUUAGCCAGUGAAGGGGAAUAAGACCCAGAGCCUUCAGGACAGGGCACCAUUCAGAGUCACUCAUUUACAUGCCAGUGGCCCUGUGGAUUUUGCUCUUACCCCCAACCCAUUCUCUGUUAUCCAGUUUUCCCUCACUCCUUUCUUUCUCCCCCACCCACUGCCCUUCAUCUCCUCCUGUGUUCUCACUCACCCACAACCUCACUUUUCCCAUCCACCAUAAUGACAGUUUGCCCUCCCCUGGGGUCUCUUUUGUUCAGAGAAAGUAGCAACUUCUUUGUGUAGUGGAGAGAGCACCCAACCAGGAGGUGGAAAGACCGGCCUCCACCAUUCAUUGUCUGGGUGAUCAUUGACACCAGGGAAUGACCACAUCAGUCUGAAGGUAUCCAAUGAUUGAGUAGGACUUAGAGGAGAUCUUUUGGGUCUUUGGCCAGGCCAGAGGCCCCUCCCUGAACUGCCCACCCCCUACUCAGACUCCUUGUUACUGCAUAGGGGACUUGCCAGGAUUGUUCAUUCUUAAGAGGUCCAUUAAUUCAUCUGUCCAUCAGGAUAUGUUUUCUUUUGCCAGUUCUGUUAGGUUUUCUGCCAAGAGAGCCGAAGCUGGAUUGUUUUAAAGCUUCCCAUUAGGUCACUGGGGCCCAUUUUAAAGGUGAAGGGACUUCACCUGGGCACAUGGGUACAUCCAGGCUCUCUCUAUCAGCCACCAAUGCCAUAGUUUUCCCCACGAGUUGAACUAAAUGCCAGACACUAAAGUGUCUCCACUCCAAGCAUCAUCUCAUCCAAGUCAGACCAACUGUUGUCACUGGUUCCUCUACCAAAGGGCAAUGGGCUGACAUGCAUCAGAGAGUGGUGCCAAGGCAGCCCUUGCUGUUAAUGAGAGACAGGACUCUUAGCCAUGCCACAAAGCUGGGGUCCAGGGGGAAGAGGGGUACCAAAGGGCAACCUCUCCCCCUCCAAGAAGGAUGGAUUUUCUUCUGCCAAACAGGCCACAUCAACCCAAAAAGCCAAAGAAUCUUCCUUCUUGUCAUCUCAGUAUUGAGACCAAAGGGUCUUACUGGUUUUCUUCCUUAAUUCACUUGUGGUUUUUCUUAUGUUGCAUUUUAGAGGCUGGGGUUUUGAGAUGAUUAGGAGAAACAGAAGACCAGAAUCCAUCUUUUGUUUUCUUUUUUUUAAGUCCUGGUUUCUUUGGAUUUUAUGAAAAUGUGAUUCCAGGUGGUUGGAAUUAAGGAUAGGAUGAGUGGAAAUUUUUGUGCCAUUUUCUCCCCACAACUGGGAUUUGGAAUUGGAUAAAGGCCAGGGCAUUCUAUAUAACUGUUUAGAGAUUUUGCUAUUUUUAUGUUGUAAACCUACACCUUACUCUCUCCCUGAUACAAUCAUGAGGCACGAACAGUUUAACAUCUCCAGUCCAACCAUCUGUUUUUCCAGGUAGCCCCUAGGAUUAUUAGAAACACCUAAGUCUACCCAGAGACCCUGGUGACUCAGUUGUGUCUGCACCCUUUCAUUCUCCAGGUCAACAUCAGGAAGAAAGAUCCUGUAAUUUCAUGAUAGUUGAAAGCCAUCCCCCUUAUAGUAAGAAAUCUAGACUCUUCAUUAAUGCUUGCAAACCUAGGUCUAGUUAAGGGGUAAUUGCUCUAUAAAGGUAUAGCCCCUUCCUUUGCUUUCCUGGGGAUCAAGUGAAGAAGGAGGUGCUAUCUCUCUGUAACUCUUCUUGUAGGACACCUGAGAACUUUUCAUCUCUAGGACUUUUGCCACUGGGACCAAGGUUUACUGAGCUGAGACAUAGUCCAGUUCUUGACUGCUCACCUUGAUUUUUCCCACCCUUCCUUUCUGUCCCUGCCAUGUGCUGGUGGGACACCUCUCUCUCUAGGUUGUCUACAUCCAGACACUCCAAGGAGUCCACAAUCAGAUUUAGGCUCACAUAUGAGGAGCAGAAGGAAGAAGAAAAGGUUGGGAAGGAGUAAGAUGUAAAGGAAGGAAGGAAAAGAAAAAAAAAGAGAGAGAAAGGAAGAAAGGAAAAAAGAAAAGGAAAGAAAGGAAAGAAGGAAGGAAGAAAGAAGGAAAAAAGGAAAGCAAGAAGGAAGAAAGAAAAAAAGAAGUGGGAGGAAGGAAGAAAGACAGAAAGGAAAGAAGGAAGGAGUUUCUCAUCCUAAAACUCAGUUGUAGAAUCCAGGGUGUUUCACAUGGGUCUAAAAUUGAGACUCUGUGUGAGUAUGAUGGUGAAAAAGUCACUUAAACCUCUCUGUGCCUCAAUUUUUCCCAUCUUUGAAAUGGGGCCAAUGAUACUUGUUGUCGAGCUUUUCACGAUGAGUUCAGUAUAAAGAAAAAAAUACCGGCAUGUGUACACAUAUCGACUUGUGUGUAUGUAUACAUACACAAAUAUACAUAUAUGUCAAUGUGUAGUAUCCUGUAUUUACAUCUGUAGUACAUAUAUGUGGAAAUGCCUCAACCACAGAAUAUUAGAGCUUGCAGGAACCUUAGAGGUUGUCUCCUACAGGUAUCUGUCUUACAGCAUCCCCUAGUAAUGAUCAUUCUACCUCCUCUUGGGGUAGCCCAUUCCGCCCCUCUAUUAGGGAGUUUUCCCUUUCAUUAUGCUGAGAUCACCCCCCCCCCAACUCCCACCCAUUCCCCCUGGUUCUUAGAGAAAAGUCUAAGCCAAGCCUUAUAGCCCUUCCACAUGAAUGCCCUUCAGAUAUUUGAUUGCAGAAGCCUGUCUUUCCUUAGACUAAAGAGUCUUUGUUCUUUUCAUGUGAUCUCCAGUCCCCAUCCUGGCCUAGUUGCCCUUCUUGGGGAGUGCUCCAGUUUGUGAAUUUCAUUCCUAAAAUGUGGUGCCUAGAACUGGACACGGUUUCCCAGAUGGGCCUGACCAAGGCAAAGGACAGUGGGACUGUCACCUUCCUCACUAGGGAUAUUAUACCUCUUUUCAUGUAGCUGUUGUGUCCUAUCUGUGACCCAGACUGACUCCUAACCUUCUCCUAAUUUCUGAGGCCCAGAAUUCCAGAUGGGAUCUGUAUUUAUCUUCCUGAUGGCAGUGGGCCAGACAGAAAUCACACCCUCUUUUCUCUGGAGUUUGUGUCCCACCUGGGUCCCUUGCUGUCCUGUUGGGUGACUGCCUCCCUCCCCUGGCCCACUAUUUCUUAGGCUGACCUCAACUAUGCUUUGCCUCACCCCGGACUGCUUGGCCCUCUCCUCUCUCACCAGCCUUACCGGCAAGCUCGCCACCAGAACCUUCCCUGAACCCCCUUCUAGUUCUGGAACCACAAUCUGAUCCACUCUACCGUUGUACUUAGAAGGGGCAUGUUGCUCCCCUUGCCAUCUGUUACAUUCUGGACCAAAGUGCCCCACCCCCCACCCCUCUCCACCUUAAGUGUGUUGUUUCUUCCUCUUAGAUUAUAAGCUUCUGAGGGCAGUGACUGCUUUUGCUUUUGUAUUUGUAUUCUCAGCACUUAGCCCAGUGCUUGGC